AUGGGGAGGGAGAAGAAAACAAGCCUGGCGGCUGCAACCGCCGGCAAGACCGCGAAAGAGAGACAUCAGAGAACAGGGAGGGACAACAGCGCAUGGACGGCACCCGUCCGAACAGACCUGAUUGCCCUCCCGGAAAAGAACAUCACAUCGAAGCACAAGUCUUACUUCCAGGUUUUCGAGAACCAUGACAAAAAGGAGAAAAAGCUCGAGUUCGAGGUGUCAACUGACAAAGUCCCUCCUCCCGGAUUCGAAUUCGUCCCUAUUGGGAACCCCGAGCUUACCAAAGCAUGCAAGGACCUUUCACGAGAGCGGGACGCGAUGAUCUUCAUCGUUAGUACGGCAAAGGAUGCCAACGCAAACAAGCUCGCACUUCAGAUGAGCCGAAGCGGCCACCAUAUCAGACGUACCAUUGUCGAAGAGGCGCGUGCUCAGAUUGGCGAGGAAGAUGCCUCGACUGCCUCGAACUCAGGGGAGCCAGAACCGAUUCCUGACAGUCAGGAGGAAUACAAUGCGCAAGCCGACGCUGCGCUUAGAGAUCUUUUCCCACGAAUACCGAAUACCGACAGGCAGAUGAUCAUCGAGCAUGCUUUCAAGAAGGUCAAUUUCCUCGUCAAGUGGCGAGGAGACGAAGAGACUGGGCGGGACCAGUUCGACGAGAUCUUGCGCGAGGUCAUUGUUCUGUCCGACGACUCAGACGAAGACUCGGAUGACGAGGAGUCCAGCGAUGAGGACUUUGUGCGCAUCACCACAGCUCCGGACUCUCAGAUCAAUCUCACAAAUUCUUCGAGAGCUGGUAACUCUCAACACAGGCUCAGAUAUGCGACGCUAUCGAGGCCGAGCAAGGCGCUCUCACAUAGACAUCCGAUGUCACCUGCUGCUGAAGGCCGCUCUUCCCAGCGAACCAAGCCACAAAGAUCUAAGAAGACUAACCGUGGCUUCAAGCGUUACGAGGCUGUGGCCAAGCGCUGGGAAGAAGCCGUAAAUCGCAACCGAUCCUAUCACGAAGAGCUGAAGGACUAUCUCGUCCCGUCUAUCGAGCCUGCAUCUCCCCACUCAGGACCAGACGUGCCUCAAUUUUCUCAACACCUGAGCACGCAAGAAGGGUCUAUCGAGUACGAGAACCCCUAG